AGAUGAGUGAUGUGAGGGAAGAGUCGCUGCUGGAUUAUUUCUACUCCACCGGAGGCAGCUCAGGCAGAGUCAGAAAUGCAGAUAUACUGAAGACAUUUAAGCCCUUUAUUGGCCACAGUGACUUGCAGUUACGUGGAAAAGGAAACACUUCGAUUGUCCCUGAACUGCAUGCCCAUCUACACCUAUGCAUGAAUGGAAUACCUACGCCUGGAAAAUUCCUCGCUUGUUUAUCCGACCUGGCUUCCCCUAAUCACACAUUCUGCACAUAUCUGCUCACUCUUGUAAACAAAGGAACAUAGCUUUAUCUGAUGAGAUCUAUCAGCUCGUCAGCUGUAGCUUGUUUGGUUCCCACAGGACAGAUUUACCCUAAAUACAGAGAGGAAUUCAAGUUGAUCAUUGACCGAAUCGCCGUGGUGAAGUCAGAGAAUGGUGACAAGUAUCUUGUCCUAAAGAAGAAAUACAGACAAAUGCUGCAGGAUCGAGACGCCAAACAUCACGGGACGGACGGGGACGCACAGAGCCGGUCGAGCACGGCCAGCGCUCAGGCCUCUGUACCGUGGGACGCGACGGACGCCUCGACUUCUUCUUCCCAGAAGGAACAACAUGAUGAGCCGAUGUCAUGCGGAGACCCCGACAGUGCUGCAGAGGACCACCAGACAGGAACCUUCAUGCAGAACGCUCUGCUGCAACUUCCUGUCAUCGAAAUCCAGGAACCCUCUGCACAAAGCAACGGGGACGAUGAGCUGGACAAAGAUUCGGGAUCAAAGUCCGAAUCGGAGCAAGACGAGGAGUGUACGGGGAGUAUGGGCUCUGCUGCCGUCGCUUUGGAUCCUAUAGAGAAGGAGUGGAUCUACUCCGCUGCAGGUGCUCGAGUGCCUGACCUCUCUCAGCUGCUCAGACAGGACCCCUCGCUGGCUAACAAGAAGGACUUCACCUCGGGGUUUACAGCGCUGCACUGGGCUGCCAAACAUGGCAACCAGGACAUGGCCGCUCUGGUGGCGAAUGCAGGUGCUGAUGUCAACACCAAAUCACACGGGGGAUAUACACCGUUACACAUCGCAGCGUUACACGGUCAUCGGCAUAUUCUGGAGCUGCUCAUAGUGACAUACGGAGCCAAAGAAGAUUUAAGGGACUACAGCGGCCAUCUUGCCGUCCAUUAUCUGAAUAUCAAAGAACCAGAGGGUCCAGACGAAGACUGCGAGCUGCAGUUUCACGUCACUCAGGCCAGGGAACGGAACAGGAACAGGAAGUUGGCGUCGCUGUUUCACUCCAAGAAGAAGUGGGGCUCAGCAGAGGAGCUGGCUCCGAUAGAGGAGGAGAGGGCGGCGUCACAUCAGCUCAUCCUUCCCGCUUUCAGACCCAGAAAAUUCUCCCGCUGACCAAAAAACAGACACCGGGGAUGAUUUCUGACUUACACUCACACAGCCACGUAAUCCUUACAUGCAUAUAUAUAUAUAUUUACACACAUAAUGUAAACCUACAUGUAUAUACAGUGGAAGUGUGAGUAUACGUACACACACACACACACCUCAUCCCAGUACUGAACACAAAUGCUUUAACAUUGAAUAGGACGUGUUGCAGCUGAUGCUAAGCUCAUACGUGUAUUAUCAAUAUUUAUGCUAACCCUAAAAGUAUUUUUUCGAAGCCUUUACAUUUGAACGAAUGUUGCUUAAUGUAAUUUAUGCCUUAAAAGGUCAAAUGAGCUCAGGCCACGUGGAUCCUUUAAGCUUCGUUUGUGUUAAAGUGAGACAACUGGACGAUAAAAGAUCCAGUUCACUAAGGUAAAGAUAUUCUAUAUAAAGA